GUAUGAGAGGUCUUGUUUCGUCAGCUUCCUUCUCCGCCAUUUCUUAAUAUUCAUUCAUUCCCCUUCGAGUCUUUGACUCAAUUACAGAAGAAGCAUUCUUCCUUCAAAACCUAUCUCUCACCUGCGAUUUUCAUUGCAUCAAGAUCCACCGACGAUGUCUUCCUCUUCUCCGGCCAUACUUCCUAUCUCAAAUCCUCAAUCCACCGCAGUCCCCGCCGCCGCAUCUGGUGGUUCUCUCCAAUCUCAAGGUCCUGUCACCACGCCGGCCUUCCGCGCCUUCAUUAACCACCUAUCGGAAUAUCUCCGCCACGGUCUCUCCCAGCGAAGAUCAUGGGCCGAACUUGCAGAUCGGACGGCAUUUUCUAAGCCUGAAUCAUUCUCCGAAGCGACCCUUCGAAUUCGCAAGAAUUACUCCUAUUUUCGUGUCAAUUAUCUCGCUGUGAUUGCUCUGAUCCUCGGUUUUUCUCUCGUUUCUCAUCCGUUUUCUCUGAUCCUUCUUGCCGGUCUUUUAUCCUCGUGGCUAUUUCUCUACCUCUUCCGUCCGUCGGAUCAGCCGCUUGUUCUAUUUGGCCGCACAUUCAAGGAUAGCGAAACCCUAAUUCUCCUGGUUGUGCUCAGCGUGUUCGUCGUGUUCCUCACCAGCGUUGGAUCGGUCCUCGUUUCGGCUCUUAUGGUCGGUGUGGCUCUGGUUUGUGCCCACGGCGCGUUUAGGGUUCCUGAAGAUCUCUUCCUAGAUGAACAAGAAAAUGUAUCCACCGGUUUCCUCUCGUUCUUCAGCAGCGCGGCUUCCACCGCUGCCGCUGCCGCUGCGCCCGUGGCUGUUCGCACGUGAUUUGAGUAGUGGGGAUGAAACCGCCUUCGGUCUGGUAUCAGUAAAGGCAUAAUAUAAUCUUGAAAAUUGGCGUAGACGAAAUAAGAUGCAGUUUUUUUUCUUUUGUGCAAAUUUUCAUAUUAACUAUCUGUUCUUUUACCUUAAGAUAGAAUAUUAUACUUAAUACGAUGUCUGUGGAUCCAAUUCUUUUCCUCUCUUCUUUUACCAUGGAUCAUGUUAUAUUGUGUGAUUCGAAUUUUGCUAUAACACACUGCAAAUUUUCUCUCUUAA